AUGGAGGACCACACCGAGCACCCUGAGCGCGCGAACGCGUCGAGCCUGGGCGCCUUGCCCCAGCCUCCGCCCGCUGUACAAGCGGUGACCUUGACCCUGGUGCCUCUCGUGUGCGCCAUGGGUGUGGCCGGCAACGCCAUGGUGGUCCUGGUGGUACUCCGGGGCCGUCACAUGGUCACGCCCACCAACUGUUACUUGGUGAGCCUGGCGGCGGCGGACCUGCUGGUGCUCCUGGCGGCCGGAGUGCCCACCGUCGCCGAGGCGGCGUCCGCCCGUGUUUGGGUCUUCGGCCACGCAGGCUGCCUGGGCAUCACCUACCUGCAGUACGUGGGCAUCAACACGUCCACGGGCUCCAUCGCCGCGUUCACGGUGGAGCGCUACCUCGCCAUCUGCCACCCGCUGCGCGCCCAAACUCUGUGCACCGUGGCGCGGGCCAAGCGCAUCGCGGCUUUGGUGUGGCUGGGCACCAGCGCCUACUGCGUGCUCUGGCUCUUCCUGGUGGACACACGCGAGACCGCGUACGCCGACGGCGUGCAGGUGCAGUGCGGCUACCGCGUGUCGCGCUCUCUCUACCUGCCCGUCUACUUCCUGGACUUCGCGCUCUUCUACGCGCUGCCCCUGGGCCUGGCCACCGUGUUCUACGUGCUCAUAGCGCGCGUCCUCUUCGCGCGGCCGCUGCCUCCUGCGCACCCGGGGCACUGGGGCUCUGCGCACCAGGGCAGCCCCGCGGGCCACCAGCGCUUCUCCUGCAGGGGCAAGAAAGGCGCCCUCAACUCCCGGAAGCAGGUCACCAAGAUGCUGGCUGUGGUGGUGGUGGUUUUUGCUCUGCUGUGGCUGCCCUACCGCACCCUGGUGGUGGUGAAUUCCUUCCUGAGCCCGCCCUACCUCAACCUUGGCUUCCUUCUCUUCUGCCGGCUUUGCAUCUAUCUGAACAGCGCGGUCAACCCCGUCAUCUACGCCCUUAUGUCCCAGCGCUUCCGGGAGGCCUUCCGGGGACUAUUUCAGUGCCAGCUGGCCCGGCCCCAGCUCCCGCCCCAGGAGGCCACCCCUGUGUACUACAGUGUCAUCAAAGACUGUCCCCAGAUCAGACUGGGCUCUUAG